UUGUGGUUUUGUCAGCCCAGAGCAUGGUUGUGAAAAAUGAGGAUGAGGGACUUGAAAACUGUAUCACUUUCAGAAAGCGUCAAAGUGACUUGUCUCACCACAAUCUCACCAACGUGCCUUCCAACCUGCCUGAAGACACACAAUACCUGGAUCUCUCCUACAACAGUAUCUACAUGCUUAACCAUGACGAUAUGGCUGGUCUUCUGCACCUCUGUUUCCUGAAACUGACUCAUAACAGACUUCAAUACAUCUCCCCAUCAGCCUUCUUAAACAACACCAGGAUUAAAGUCCUCAAUAUCUCCUACAACUCCCUAAAGACCAUCCCAGACUUAAUUUUGCCACAACUCAGUGUUCUUGACAUAUCAAGUAACCUAUAUGACCAUUAUUCCCUUGGAAGUUCAUUCAAGAAUCUGCAGUAUCUUAGCUCCCUUUCACUUGGGAGCCCAAAUGCUGUUGUGGUGAAUGUUGAUGAUUUUGCAUCUUUGAGGAAUACGUCCUUAAAACGACUUACUUUAGGUGAUGGUACUCCGUUGCAAAGCUAUGAAUCAGGUUCAUUGGCUCAGCUGAAAUCUCUACAUGUGGUAACACUCAGACUGUCAUUUUGCCAGCGCUCUGACAUGUUUAAGACCAUUUUGAUGGACUUGGACCAAGCAGGAGCAAAGAAAGUGAGGUUAGUGAAGUUCCUCCCACAUUUUUGUAAUGUCUCCAGUGAUCCUUUUGAGGGUCUAAAAGAAAUGCAAUCCCUGAACAACAUAACAUUCGUGGACACCUGGAUGAAUAGUUCUGUUAUGGUGAAGGUACUGAAAUACAUCUUUCAGUCUCAGACCCAACAACUUGCUUUUGUGAACAUCACAUACAAUGAAGACACACCUGAUGGCGUUCAGUUUUCUGGUUUGCCAGGGUACAACCACACAGUCAGCAUUCGAUCAGUUAUCUUCGACCAGGUGCUCCAUUAUCAGUAUAGUUAUCCCAAGAUCAACAUCAGCGUCACUGAUCUUAACCAUAUGGUUUACCUUAAGUUCUCUGGCACUGGAAUGAACAUUUCCCCUUGUAACCUAAUCUCUGCCAUGCCAUCACUGGAGAUAUUGGACCUGUCAGACAACCUCCUGAAUGACAAUGGCUUCUGGUGGCCCUCUUGCUCUUAUACCAAGGUCUUCCCAUCACUUAGACAGCUCUCACUGAGCCACAACAGGUUCGUUGACCUGGCCUUUAUCUCCAGGAAGACCCAGGAGAUGGAAGCUCUGGAGUCACUGGACCUGAGCUUCAACUCCAUCAUGCUGAGGGAUAAGUGCUCCUGGAGGCCGCACCUGACAGAGCUCAACCUCAGCAACAAUAACCUAGGCGACACAGUGUUUCAGUACCUGUCACCCCACUUCCAAAAGAUCAGUUUAUCAAAGACAGGAAUAACCACUGUAACUGGAGAGGUCCUCUUGAACUUUCCCAAUCUUACACACUUGUUCUUGAGCUCCAACAGCAUACACGUCCUCCCGGACGAUCUUCGUGUUCCAACACUGCUUGUUCUGCAUGUGGAUCAGAAUUCCAUCACGUCCAUUGGCCAGAGCUCCUUAACAGGUCUUCCUGGGCUGAGGGAACUCAAAGCAAGUCGCAAUCCCUUCAGCUGCAGCUGUGACUCGUACUGGUUUGUUACAGCCUUGAAUAAAUCCUUGCUUCCUGACUGGCCUUUGGAUUACACAUGCAGCACCCCUCCCUCAUUUGCUGGAGAGCCCUUAGAAGAGUAUAAACCAGAUAAAUUAUCCUGUCAUCCAUGGCUUCAAGCUUCCAUUGCAGUGCCUGUAGUUGUUGUUAUUGCUGCAGUCUUGGGUAUCACAUUCUACGCUUGUGAUGGAGUCUGGUACACUAGGAUGCUGUGGGUGUGGAUAAGAGUAAAGCGGAGAGGCUACCAGGAAGCCAACAGGCAACAGGAGGCAUCCUUGCAGUACCAUGCCUUCAUCUCCUACAGCCAGCACGACUCCACAUGGGUUGAUGCUCAGCUGGUUCCCAACCUGGAGGGUGCUGGUCUGUCCCUCUGUAUCCAUGAGCGGGACUUUGUUCCCGGGGAAUGGAUCCUGGACAAUAUCAUAAACUGCGUGGAGGGAAGCUACAAGACACUGUUUGUGCUGUCCCAGAACUUUGUUCAGAGCGAGUGGUGCAACUACGAGCUCUUUUUUGCCCAGCACCGGUCCAUCAGCAUCCGGCAAGAUGCUCUGGUCUUCGUUCUCCUGGAGCCCAUCCCUGUCGACUCGCUCCCCAGGAAGUUCCUGAAGCUAAGGACCCUGCUCAGGCAGCAGACCUACCUGCAGUGGCCCAAGGAAGAACGCAAGAAGCAGGUCUUCUGGGCCAGCCUGAAGGCCAUGCUGCGGACAGCAGACAAAAGCAUGAUCCUCAAGGAAGUGGCGACAGACAUAGUGGACGCUUUCCCCCUGCUGGCGCACGGAGACUGAGCAAGUUACCUCAUGGGCAUCAGCUGUUCCAUGUGACACCAUAGAUUUUUAUUAGCAUUUGAUACUAGUGGUGGGACAUUGA